UUCAUUCGCACGAAUUUCAUGUGUUUACCGCUAUUUAAAAUAAUACGGUUCAUUAUUUAUCGGUUAAUAUUGUUGUUCCAUCGGUGAAUUGAGGAAAUAAGUGAAUUUAAUUUGUCAUUUUGGCUGUUGCGAUAUCGCUGGCUAGUGGUUGUUAUCAGUAUUUAUUCUGUCAUGGCACAGACCUGCAAUCAGAAGCGCAAUGCUUACAGCAUUGAACAGAUUCUUGGCCACUCGACGAAAAAUGAAGAUCACUCAAGACCACCUCAGACAGUUGGUCUACCCACCGACGAUGAGGACAUCCUCUCGAAGAGUCAGGGAUAUAAUUCAGUGAUGCCAGUAAAAAUCGGCGAUAUGGAUCGACCAAAGAAAGUCAGAAGAUCGAGAACGACAUUCACAACUUAUCAGUUGAAUGAGCUGGAGAAAGCAUUCGAUAAGACUCAGUACCCCGACGUUAAUUACCGAGAGUCACUCGCUUCCAAUUUGGAAUUGUCCGAGGCUCGAGUGCAGGUAUGGUUUCAAAAUCGACGAGCAAAAUGGCGAAAGAAGGGGAAAGCAAUGGGACGUGAUCCGGCGUACAUGCACGUCGGACCAGGAGAUGUGAACGAAUUAUCUCUCCACGCGCAUUUUUUGCAAUCAGGUCUGCCAGGUGCUAAUCCAUCGGGUCCACCGAAUAGUUUUCUCUGGCCAGCGCUGAUGCCACCGAUGUUCACAGCCCCUUGGUUAUCCAACGCCCUGAAAAUGCCCCAGUUUCACGCAAUAUUGUCGCAAUAUAACGGACUUGUGCCGCAAAAUCUUGCGUCAUUGAUGCCUGCUGGUUUUCCAUCAAAUCUACUUGGCCAGUCACAACUACAGCAUCCGCAGCAUGGAAGGGGUUCACAGCAUCCACUUCUCCUGGACAUACAGAAUAUCCCACAGAAUUUAAGCUCUAAACAUCAGACUGAGCGCGAUGAUGACUCGGCGUCGUCUGAUGAUGAGAUCAGGAGACAAGUACAGAGCGCUCAUGGACUCAGGGCUAAGGCUGAAGAGGUCAUUCGCAAGUCUGGUAAUUAGGGUUGAACUCUUGGUUGACAGUGAUUUUUUUAAGGGUCUUCUUGGUCUCUUUUGUUGUGAUUUUUAGUUAUUUUGAGAGGGAGACGAGUGCAGAGACUCCAUCGAAAUAUAUUCGUGAGUAAAUUUAUCCCCGCGCUUGAGGUGAAACGAUUUUUUUUUCUCGUACUGUCGACGAAUUUUAUUGCAAUGAUAAUUACCAUCAAAAUCGUUUUUCAUCAUGAGUUUUUGGUGAUAAUUAAACAAGAUAAUGACAAUAUUUUGUUGGGAUAAAUUUAAUUAGAAAAGUAUUCCGGUGUGGAAAGGUUUGAGGGAUUUGCCAGAAAGUGUGGAGAUCUGUGAUUUCUCACCAGGAAAAAAUUGUUGAUGAGACAUAAAAAUUCACGGAUGAACGUGAAAUAUUCCAAAAGAAGUCAACAAUUUUUUAUUUAACAAAAUCCCUUCAAAAUGUCUCUGCAACUCACGGUGAAUAUCGCGUGUUUGUUGACGAUGAAUUUUUCACUCGUUACACAAAAUUUCCAAAGAAAAACUGUCUUGUUAGUUUUUUUUUGUUCUGUUGAUUGUGUUGUGUUGAUUCACGUGAAAUCUCGUGGAUAUUUAAACAAUUAAAUUAAAUAAUCAGUAUCGCGUUGAACCUCAACUCGCCAUUCACCACACAUGCGCAUAUCCCACUGAUGUUAACGAUACUCGCCACGAAUAGUCGAUUGUGCGGUUUCGAUAAACAAUACACCUGUGGUUCUGGGUUUUAUGUUUACAUUUGCAUUUGGCUUUGAAUUUAUUCACGGAGAAAAAAAAACCAGUGAGAUGUCCUCGAUGAAACCCAGGGAAUAAUGAAAUCCAAUUUUUGUACAAUAAAGUUGUAUU